CAAAUCUAGUGUCUGUUGCCCCCAGCCGUUCAAAACGAAUAGUCCACACAGCAACCCGCACAUUUCACCGACGCUAUCGUGCUGUCGGAACCCUGCAAGAUCAUCUCGUCCUUUACCAAUCCAUUCGCAAGACGUUCCGGGAGGAAAAAAGAAACACUGCUUUAUAUAUAGCUAGUGUAAAAUCAAUCAAUUCAAAAAGUAGCAAAAAAAAUCCAUCAUGCCUAUUCGUGGAGGUACCGUCAUCAACAUUGCCGGAACUACGCCGGUCGAUGAUCCGGAGUACCGGUACAAAAUGCCAGCCGUCUAUGGAAAGAUCGAGGGCUCCGGUAACGGAAUCAAAACGGCGAUUCCCAACAUUACCGCCGUCGCAAACAGUCUUCAUCGCGCCCCCGGAGAGGUCAAUAAGUUCUUUGGUUGUGAACUAGGUGCCCAAACCACCUACAACGAGGAUACCGAUCGGGCCAUUGUGAACGGUGCRCAUACCGAUGAUGUGCUUCAGAAGUUGAUACAUCGUUACAUUGAAGGAUUUGUCAUCUGUCCCACUUGCGGAUUGGUGAGUUAUGCCUUUUCAGUUGCGGAUUGCCKUAGCGUUUCCUCGCGUUGAGGCAGCAUUUGACUUCUUGGGAAAUUCAACGAAUGAGUUACCUCUAACAAUGUAAAUUUUUGUUUCCUUGCCAUCGUGACAACCCUGCACCCUCUCUCCGAUCAAAUAACACAUACAGCCAGAAACCAAAUACAGCAUCAAGUCUGGACUAAUCUGGCACCGGUGUGCUGCAUGCGGUUCCAAAGAAUUAGUUGACAUGGGCCACAAACUUACCAAUUACAUUUUGGCCCAGGACAAAAAGGCUAAGAAGGAGAAAGGCAAAAACAAGAAGGAAGACCUGAAGAAAGGCAGAGAUGAUAGUGACGAAGGAAAGAAGAAAAAAGACAAGAAGGACAAGAAAGAGAAGAAGAGCAAAAAGGAGAAAAAGAGCAAGAAGGACAAGAAGGGAUCGCCUGCCGAAGAUGCAGGUGACGAAGAGAAGGACUACCUCAAAGAAGCCAUGUUCGGCAAAAAGGAAGAGGACCAGUUUGGAUCCAAUUCCGAUGAUGAUGAGGUUGCAUCUGAGGCUGGUGUCGAUGACGAAGGUGCCCUUGGUAAGUACGAUACUUCAAAAAAAGGAAUUGGAGACUUUUGCAUGGAUUGGAGUAGUAAGGGAUUUAUGAAUAGCGUUCACUUACAUUUUGUGCUCUUUGUCCUGCUAUGUCUCUCCGCUAGAACUUGCUGUCGAAGGAACUCGCAGGUAUCUUCUUGACAACCCAGAUGCUUCCGCUCAUGACAUUGCYGAGGUAGUGACCAAUCAACARAUGGCAUCUGCACUCAAAGCCCACGACAAGAUCAAAAUCUUUGUCCGUGCCGCCAUAACUCCCCAGUUCUACAAGAACAAGGAAAUCGAGAAGUAUGCCCCGGUUGUUUCCGAGAUUGCAAACGGCAGCCAGAUCAUCGAACGCCAUUUGAUUGCUUCUCUUGAAUUCAUCUCGAAGGAUAAGCCAACAAAUUUCCCUGUCAUGAUAAAGCAGUUUUACGACGAAGAUGCUCUGGAGGAGGAAACCAUCAUUGAAUGGGCUGAAGACGGACGAUCCGAAUAUACCCUCGAAGCUGUGGACGAGGACACCCGUGCCGCUCUUCGCAGCGAAGCUGAACCGGUGGUAGUCUGGCUGCAGGAAGCGGAUUCCGAUUCYGAUUCUGACGAAGAAUGAAAUGGAUUCUCUUGAUGGUUAUUCAAAACCACAUGGUUGUCGUUUAGUUUUGCCACAUUCACGUGAAAUAAAAAGAAGACGGCAUGACAAUCGAUCUUGCGAUAAGAAUACAUGACUAUUAUUUAA